GAUAAUAAUCCAAUCCAAAACAUUUUCCUCACUCUCUCUCUCCCUCUGUCUCUCUCUCUUUCUCUCCAACAUUGUUCCUACAACUAUUCCUGUUAGAGUUUCCCUUCGAAUCUUCGAGUAUAUUCACAAUCUUUGAAUCCAAAAGAAGAGGAAAAGAAACAGAAAGAACGAUUUUGAUAGCCAAACAGCAUCAAGAAAUGGCUACACUAUUUGCAGCUCCUUGUAUACAGAAGGGCUUCGUCAAUCAUCAGCACCAUGUUUCUUGCUCCACUUCUUCAUCCUUUGGUCUAUUUUCUAAGUUUAGUUGUUCAAGUAGUUCUCAGCCCUUGUUAUCUUCUUCUCAAAACUCCAAUUUUCUGGGUUUAGGCUUCAAAGCCCAUGAAAUGGUUGUUGUCAGAAUUGGGAGUAAAAGAUCGUUUGGGGUUAAAAUGUCAUGGGAUGGUCCUCUCUCUUCUGUGAAAUUAAUUCUUCAAGGCAAAAAUUUGGAGUUGACUCCCACGGUGAAGAGCUAUGUGGAAGAGAAGUUGGGUAAGGCAGUGCAGAAGCAUAGCCAUUUAGUGAGGGAAGUAGACGUUAGAUUGUCGGUACGUGGUGGAGAGUUUGGGAAAGGUCCAAAAUUGCGAAGAUGUGAGGUGACUUUGUUCACAAAAAAACAUGGAGUGGUUCGAGCAGAAGAGGAUGCAGAGUCACUCUAUGGUAGUAUAGAUUUGGUGUCAUCUAUUAUACAAAGAAAGUUGAGGAAGAUCAAGGAGAAAGAUUCGGACCGUGGCCGCCAUAUGAAGGGCUUUGACAGGCUGAAAGUUAGGGAACCUGGCGCACUUGCAGUUGCCGAGGAUAUAGAGACAGUUCCCGAUGAAGGAGAUGAAGAGGAGGAUGAAGAAACUGUGAUCGAUGAGAUUGUUCGCACGAAGUACUUUGAUAUGCCACCUUUGACUGUUAGCGAGGCCAUUGAGCAGCUGGAAAAUCUGGAUCAUGACUUCUAUGGUUUCAGGAAUGAGGAAACUGGUGAGGUUAACAUAGUGUACCGGAGGAAAGCUGGAGGCUACGGACUUAUCAUUCCGAAAAGAAAUGGCGAAACGGAGAAGCUGGAAGCCGUUGUGGUUGAUUCAGCUGUAAAUUGAGUUUAAAUGAAGUGUAUGCAUUUCUGGGAGUUUUGUAGCUUGAGCAGCUGAUGUUUAGAAUGAUCUAUGUUUUGAAAGUGGAAACUAUCAAAAAGCACAUGAGGUGCUUCCUAUGAAGUUUAUGUAAGGUGCAAAGAAACUCUUGUAUGAGCGGAGUAUCUGAUGCAGAAAUGAGAGUCAAUUACUUAGAAGUUGAACAGA